AUGGCGAGCGAGGUCGUACCAGUAGGGAUCGCCCAGGAAGCUGUUGCCAUUGCCCUUGAGCGGUCCCGGGAGGCGCUUGCUACGGGUUUAGUGGAGCUCCAAGCGCGCCGGGACGUGGUUCAUCCCGAGCUUCAUGGUUUACCCGUGGGUGUUCCGGCCGGAGGGUGGAGUCUCCUCGUCCGCGUGAGUGGUCUUGGAUUGGACGGCAAGACAGCGUCAGAACGGCGGCUGAAACAUGCAGUAUGUGCUACUGUGAUGAAUAAAUGGGGAGAGGAGCACGGAAAGCCAUACAUCCGAUAUGUCUUUUUAUACGAGCCUGUGUCUCGGCUGCAGGGGUCAGGUGCUAAAGUCCGAAAGGCCUUGGAUGUUCAGUGGACUGGGCCAUUAGCAUAG